AUGCUUGUAAAACAUAACAAUGAUGAUGGUAAUGACGAUAACAAUGAUCGCAAUAAUUAUUACAAGCUUUAUCGAAAUGUUGCUGGAUGUGAUAAUGUUCACGGAGCUGGUUUACUCGUUUUCACGUUGAAUUGUGUUUUUGACUCGAAAUUAAAGGUUCGCUUACAGAGGCAAGGAUUUGUUUCGAUGUACACGGUAAGUCAACUUCGCGUUCUUGGCCGACCGAGAACUGAUUUGUAG